AUGUCAUCUGAACUUGAUGUAUUAAUCACUGAGCUUGAAGCUAAGAAAACUGAUGAGAAAACUAGGCUUGAAGCAUUGAGACAGAGCUUCGCUGAGCUUGAGGCUAGAAUUUUAAAACUAGAGCAAGAUCAGGCAGAAAGAGAAUCUAAGAAAAAUCGCAAAUUCCAGACUAGAUGCAUCCAGAUAGCUAAGGAAAUUCUUAAUGAUGAACCUAUAAUCGAAUAUCACCCUUCUUUCUUGAAUGGAUUAGAGCUUGACGCUUUCUUCCAAAAACAUCAAAUUGCGUUGGAACACAGCUGGUAUAAGGAUGUUAAGAAACUCGAAGACAUCGUUAAUCGUGAUCGGCAAAAAAGAUGCGUGUGUCAAGAUAAUGGAAUCUUUCUGCUUGAGACUGAUAUAGAAAUUUAUAUUGCCAACGUCCCCACCACGUUAAUAUACCGUAUAGAAAAAAACUUAAAUUGUUCCAACCUUGUUCUUUAG